UCUCCGACCACAAAUCACAGUUCGCCAACCAUCAACAGUCAGAAGCACAACGGUUAAGAGCCGUAAGCUUGGGAAAGAAAAAAAAAAUGCUGAGAAAGGAAGCGUUAGUAGGUUAUUUGUUCUAGCUGGAAAAUCUGUGAAUAUUGAAGCUCAAUACGUCGCCGUUGUGCUGGGCUGCUGUCAGUGAAAUCAAUUGCUGCCGCUUAGGGUUUUGGAGUUGUAUUCUGAUUGUAAGUUAGUAAAAUCGAUGGCUCAACCGAUGAGCAGAGGAGGAAGGUUCGUGGUGGGGGAAUAUGUGGUUGGGCAGCAAGUAGGAGCGGGGUCGUUCUCGACGGUAUGGCACGGGCGGCACCGGGUCCACGGCACCGAAGUUGCCAUCAAAGAGAUCGUGACGGCUCGAUUGAACACCAAACUCCGGGAUAGUUUGAAGUCGGAGAUUGUUAUUUUGAAGAAGAUCAAUCACCCAAACAUCAUCCGCUUGCACGACAUGAUUGAGGAUUCUGGAAAGAUAUAUAUCAUUCUAGAAUACUGCAGAGGGGGUGACCUUUCUGUUUACAUCCAAAAACGUCAAGGAGGAAUUCCAGAAGCAACUGCUAAGCACUUCAUGCAGCAACUGGCUUCUGGGCUUAAAGUACUUCGAGAGAACAACCUAAUUCACCGAGACCUGAAGCCACAGAAUCUAUUGCUUUCUACAAAUGAUGACAAAUCCAUCCUGAAGAUUGCUGAUUUUGGAUUUGCAAGGUCCCUGCAACCUAGAGGGCUUGCUGAAACCUUAUGUGGUUCACCGCUUUACAUGGCUCCGGAAAUAAUGCAACUCCAGAAGUACGAUGCAAAGGCAGAUCUUUGGAGUGUUGGCGCCAUUCUAUUUCAACUGGUGACUGGAAAAACCCCAUAUACAGGAAACAACCAACUACAGUUGUUCCAGAACAUCGUGAGAUCAACUGAAUUGCAGUUUCCCCGAGACAUAAAGGAUUUGAGUCCUCAUUGCAUAGAUUUGUGUCGGAAAUUGCUUCGUCGUAAUCCAGUGGAGCGAUUGACAUUUGAGGAAUUCUUUAACCACCCCUUCCUUUCUCAAAGGCAAGCAGAUGAAUUGUUGUGGAAUAUGAGACGACAGAAAAGUAUAGAUGGUUUUCCUCUUUGUGAACUGAAUCCUGUGGGGAAAACCGAAGAAAUUGCUCAAGAAGAUUUACCUUUUAGUUUAGAUGAUGAUUCCAGUGGUCCUGAUGGGAGUCCCUCUUUUGUUGGGGUGUCCCCAAUUAAAUCUACAUAUGGAUUUUCUCUUGAUGCAAAAGCUGACAGAAAGGAAGCUUCUAAAGCUGCAGAGAAGAUGGAUUUUGCUUCCAAUUAUGGUAGUGUCAGUCAUAAACCAGAAGCAACUAUGUUUAAUAUUGGUGGUCUGAAACUUUCAGAAGGAAAGCUGAAAGAGUCUCUUAAAUCCGUGGAUCCUGCACCGGCAAAAAGUCACAUAAAAGUGGCAGAUUCAUUGGAGUUGAUUGAUCAGGAGUAUGUCCUGGUACCUGGUCCACCAUUGGAUGUGUCUUCUUCACCUGUUAUUUCUACUCUCAAGAAUGUGUCUUCCAAACCUGGCAGUCCACCACAAGUUUCUGGAAACAUAAACCUCAUCUCAACUGCCCCAAUGCCAAUUGUUGGUACAGCAGCCAAUAAGGUGGGUCAUAUUGAAAGCUUUGAAAGUCACGGCUCUGCUCCUGGGACUUCACAAGAAUCUAUGGAUGUAGCUGACACAUUAGAGCAGCCAUCAGCUGACUGCAUCACAAGAGUAAGAUCCUUAAAGUGUUGUGCAUCUGCCAUCAGAGAACUAGUAAAUGAGAAGCUUGAGGCAGGUAAGCAGCUGGAAGCAUUCUCAGUUCAGCUUGUGAUUCUUGCCAUAUGGAAGCAAGCAUUACACAUCUGUCAUACACGAGCUGCAUCUGCUAUGGAGGGAAGUCCAACACCUGAUUCUACCAGAUUGAGGGAAAUGACGAAGGAACAAGACGGCCUUGAUAUUCAUGAAGAUCUUGAUGCAGCUGACACUCUGGGUUCUCAGCAUAUUUGCUCUCAGAUUGAGAGAGCGUUUCUUCUUGAAGUUGGGAAUGCUGAGGAACUUGCAAAAAUUGUAGAGCCUGGUAUUACAUGUUACCAAGGAAAUACAGAGAUGCCAGAUGCAAUGGAGACAAUAUUCCAAUCUGCCCUUGCUCUGGGCAGACGCGGAGCUGUAGAUGAAUAUAUGGGUCGCACGGAUGAUGCUGUGGUGUUUUACUCUAAAGCUGUGCGCUUGUUAGUAUUUCUUCUAGUGGAAGCACCUUCCCUUAUUUUGAAUCCUCCGUUUUCUCUGACAGAUUCAGACCGUUAUAGGCUUCAAAGUUACAUUGAUGUCCUGAAUAACAGGCAAAGCAUUUCAAGGUCUCAAAGGAUGGCCCUUCUGAAGGGCGGGGACCAGCAAUGCUCCUCCUGAUAAUUGUAUAUGAUCUUCAAUCGCCUGUUAACAUUCUUUGUCUGUAUAGCUAUUCUUCGAGUCACACAUUUAAUCAAUUUGUAUGUAAGGGUAUGGUUGUUUAUUUUGCCUGUUCUUUAGUUUAAAUCAUACAAACAACUUGUAUAUAGAACUAUAUAUGUGGCAUACAUAUAUGUGCUCCUCA